UAUUAAUUGAACUCAACUAAAACAGUUUCCCAGUAAAUAUAUCAGUUAAAAAUUCCACGAAAUGCUUAAAUUUCAACGGCUAUUGUAAUGUCUACCUUACAUUUUUUAAUAUAUUUUUUUGCCUUCUAUUAAAGAAUAAUUUUUCAAAACAAACAUUACAUUUAUCUUGUUAGUAUACUCUGUUUAAAUUUAAAUAUUUUUAUUUUCUUUGGUUAGAUUUUCAAAUAACUGAUAAAAAAUGCCGAGACGUAAAAACAAUCAUUGGAAACCGGUGAUAGGUGAAGACACACGUAUUGCUGUGAAUUUGUGUGUCAAAAAAUUGAUGGAAUCUCCAGAUUUGAAAGAACUUGAAUUUCCAUCAUCAUAUACUGCUGAAGAAAGAGCUUACAUUCAUAGUUUAGUACAAGAAUUGGGUCUUAAAUCUAAAAGUCGCGGAAAAGGAGCAAAUCGUUUUCUGACAGUAUAUAAAAGAGAGGGUUCAACAAUAAUACAGUCAGAUCCAGUGUUGAGAAUUCAAAAAACAUCAAAACAAGGAAUAUUAAAUUUGAUACAAAAAUUUCCAAUCAACAGCAAAGAACGUCAAGAUUUAUUGCCGCCAACUGAACGUGAACGUACCAUUGACAAUGAAGUUGUAAACGCAAAAGCAAUGGGACGUUUAAACAACAGCAUCCCUCAAGUACCUCAACUUCGUACAAACCAAGAGCUUAUCAAUUUCCGUAAAAGUUUACCAGUUUACAACUCCCGCGAUAAAAUAAUCGACGCUCUGUCAUCAAGCCAAGUAGUAAUAAUAGCAGGGGAAACUGGUUCCGGUAAAACAACACAAGUACCGCAAUAUAUAUUAGAAAAUUGUCAGCAGCGCAAUCAAGUAUGUCGGAUUAUUUGUACGCAACCACGGCGUUUGUCUGCAGUAUCAAUUGCUGAGCGCGUUGCUUACGAGCGUGAUGAGAAAAUCGGCCAGACAUUUGGUUACCAAAUACGUUUGGAAAGUCGUGUCGCGCCUAGAACACUAUUAACUUACUGUACAAACGGUGUUUUAUUGCGGACACUGAUGGGUGGUGAUUCAGCGCUGGCUACAGUAACUCAUAUUAUUGUCGACGAAGUACACGAACGUGAUAGAUUCUGUGAUUUUUUGCUCAUAGCUUUAAAAGAUGCUUUAGUUAAAUACCGAUCACUUAAACUUGUACUUAUGAGCGCGACAAUGGACACAAAUAUAUUUGUUAAAUAUUUCAAUCAAUGCACUGUGAUAAAUAUUAGCGGUAGGAGUUUUGAUGUCGACACAUAUUACUUGCAAGAUGUUUUAAAAAUAACCGGUUAUAUGACCAAAGAAAUGACGGCCAAGCGUAAGGAGUUGAUACACAAAAAAGAUCAGCGUAAAAUACUGGAGUCGUGGACUCAGUGUCCGCCUCAGCAGACCGGUGGCCGUCUUUUCAAUAACAAGGGUGUGAUGCCCUCGCCUAUCUUAGGUCAGCAAAGCGAGCAAGUGUCUGAGAAAAUAGAACUAGAGCCUUGGCUGGCUGAAGAAAUGGACAAGAGUAUUUCCGAUGCAUGGCUCAGUGGUGGAGAAGACAAUUUUACUCAGUUACUCCACUUAAUUUUGUCGGAAAAUAUUUCUGUUGAUUACCAGCACUCGAUAACGCGGGUCACUCCGCUGAUGGUUGCCGCAGGACGUGGGUCCAUCAACACAACCGAACAAUUAUUGAAUCUCGGUGCGAAUUUGACAAUACGCGCAAGUAAUGAGUGGACUGCAUUAGACUGGGCGCGUAAAAUGAACCAAGUCGAGUGCGCGGAACUAAUAGAAGCUUAUAUGAAAACUUAUGACUACAGUCUCGAUGAACGGGACACUGGACAAGACGCUCCGCUGACUGAAGAAGAAAAAUUAAUCCUUGAUAUUUAUCACAAUACAUUUAAUGACGACAAUGUCGAUUACAAUCUCCUGCUGCUUCUUAUUCUUCAUAUUCAUACUUCAAUGCCCGGUGGGUCGAUCCUCGUAUUUUUACCCGGCUACGACGACAUCGUGACGAUGCGGGAAAAAAUAACGACCGAAGAAAAACGUUUGUCCGCAGGCUUACGAAUAACUUUAUUUGUUUUACAUUCAAACAUGCAGAUGAGCGACCAGAAACGUCUGUUCCGACCUUGUCCACCGGGGACACGUAAAAUAAUUCUCGCGACAAACAUCGCUGAGACUAGUAUCACUAUUGACGACGUGGUCUACGUAAUAGACUCAGGAAAAGUUAAAGAAAAGUCAUUCGACGCAAUAAGUAACGUGUGUACUCUCAAAUCAAACUGGAUAUCACAGGCCUGCGCUAAACAACGGAAAGGACGGGCCGGAAGAUGUCAGAAUGGUAUUUGCUACCGUCUUUACUCAACAAUUCGCUACAACAGCAUGCAGGCAUACCAGACACCCGAGAUUCUCCGUCUGCCGCUACAAGAAUUGUGUCUGUUUACAAAACAUUUGGCUCCGGGUAACACUCCGAUUGCUGAAUUCCUUGAAAGGGCACUGGAGCCACCUUCCAACAUGAUAACGCGCAAUGCCGUCCAGUUGCUCAAGUCCAUUGACGCUUUAGACGCAUGGGAAGAUCUCACUGAACUUGGAACCCAUCUUCUGGAUCUACCGGUCGAGCCACGUCUUGGUAAAAUGCUGCUCUACGCGGUGGUACUCAAAUGUUUGGAUCCAAUUUUGACGAUAGUCUGCAGUCUUGCUUACAAAGAUCCGUUUGUGCUGCCGAACCAGCCGUGUCAGAAGCGGGCUGCGACAGCGGUACGUAAAAAAUUUUCAGCUGAUACAUACAGCGAUCAUAUGGCAGUACUGCGUGCAUUCCAAGCCUGGCAACAAGCCCGCGCCAGUGGCUGGGAACGUCAGUUCUGUGAAAAAAAUUUUAUAUCAUCAGCUGUUAUGGAAAUGAUUGUUGGUAUGAGAACACAAAUGUUGGGACAAUUACGUGCCUCGGGUUUUGUUCGUGCACGAGGUACUGGUGAUAUACGUGAUAUAAAUCUUAAUUCUGAAAAUUGGGCUGUUGUUAAAGCAGCGUUAACUGCUGGAUUGUACCCGAACUUGAUAAGAGUUGACCGCGAGUAUGGACAAUUGAGAACACAGAAAGAAUCUAAAGUAUUUUUACAUCCAUCCUCUACUCUGAGAGAUUUUUCAAAGUCUGCGAGAACAACUUCUGCGCAAUCACACGCCACUGGAGUCACGGGAUUACCCUCUGAUUGGCUGGUUUAUGAAGAAAUGAGCCGCUCGGGUAGAUUCUGUCAUGUAAAAACUGUUACUCUAGUCAAUCCGGUGACAAUCGCGCUGUUCAGCGGACCAGCGCGCCUGCCUAUGGACCUUAUUUAUGACACGGAAACUGUACCUGAGAGUGAGUCGGACUCAGAGGCUGAAGACAGCCGCGAAGGAAUGACUAUUUUGAGGCUCGACGAUUGGAUCGCAUUGAAAGUCGACUAUGAUACUGCCAAGCUGGUUCUUUAUUUGAGGCAAAAGUGGAACGCGUUGUUCUUAAGAAGAAUGAAAACGCCUAACAAAAAUAUGACACAGCUAGAUGAGUUGGUGAUAAAAACUAUCGUCUCGAUCAUCAGCAACGAAGAACACGCUUGCGAUCUCCAACAACCAACGGGAAUUGGUCAGCGUCCUAGACCGCUUAUUGUUGACUACUAUCCUGCUAACGCUCGUAGAACUGAUGAAGAUGACAAAUUCCUGAAUUAAUAAAAAAAUAGAUAAAUCUACUCUUUUAUACUCGAUGUACAUCUACUUCUGCUCGUGAUAGUUAAAAUUAUUAUUUUUUUUUUUCAUUACUUUUUACAAAUGAAUAUAUUUUGAAAACAGUAGUUUGUAAUUAAAUUACAUACGUACACGGAACUUUAAGUUACUGAUUUGAAUACUCAGUCUUACUAAUAAUAAUAAUUAAUGAUUAUAAAUUGCAGUAUUAUACAAUAUAAGUUUGAUAAAAGAGGUAAUUUAGAAGCUUAUCUUUUUAUUGCAAUGUCUGAAGAUUUAUUACUACUUUUAUUUGCAGUCAAUAUUUAUAUUUUUUUUAUAAGAGAUUAAUUCUAUUAAAUAUUUUAUACUUCAAUGUUAAUUAUUUGGAGUAAUUUAAUAAUUUAAGAAAAGUAGAAUUAAUCUGCAUAGUCAUUAUUUUUUUUUAUUUUGAAAUUUAUAUGCUGUAGUAAUUUGUAGCAUCUCAAGACUGCGUGUCCUUAAUAUCUAACAUUUUUAUUAUUAUUGUUAUUUUUGGACAGUCGAUCAACAAUUCCACCGUUUUUUUUUUUUUUGUUAAUUUGUCUAGCUUUUAAUUUUUCUUG